AUGGAUCCCCACACGCGCAGCCACCUGGUACAGCGUGUGCAAAAAUACUUCCUGGAGUUUUUACAGACCUUCAAGCGACCAACCGAAGAUGGAGGCCGUGAGGAUGACCUUUACUAUGUGAGCCAAGCGAAAGCAAUGGUGCGGGAAAACAAGAAGACCCUGUAUGUGAAGAUGGGUCAUUUGGAGCAGGCUGACCGAGAUGUUGUCUCCUUCGAACCUGAAGAUCUGAUCGCUGUCAUCCACAGCAAGUACAUGGUUGUGCGAGAUGCCGUCAAUGCUGCGCUGCCGCAACUGCUUUCAAACUUGGAAGAUCCUGACUUGCAAGCAGAGGUGGAAAAGAUGGACGAGCUCAAGUUUACGGUCGCCUUCUAUGACCUGGCGACCUACAGUGGCAUCCGAGACCUGCGAACUGAAAAGCUUGGCAGGCUUGUGACGAUUUGUGGUACAGUCACACGCACCACCGAUAUCAAGCCAGAGCUCUUAGUGGCCACAUGGAAAUGCAACGAGUGCCGCCGGGAAAUCAGCGGUGUAUCGCAAGAGUUCAAAGUGACAACACCGCCGAAGUGUCCAACGAAGAACUGUGGCAACACCACGAAUUGGAGCCUGCUUGCGGAGAGCCGUUCGACUCGAUGGGGAGAUUGGCAACGUGUUCGCUUACAAGAGAAUGAGCAUGAAGUCCCAGCAGGAUCCAUGCCACAGACCAUGGAUGUCAUUGUAAGAGAUGACUGUACCGAGAAGUGUAAGGCAGGUGACAAGAUCCAGAUCACCGGAUCGCUGAUUGUCGUCCCAGAUGUACCUACUUUGAUGAGCCCUGGUGAGCUGAAGGCCACGGUGCGGAGAUCUUUGAACACCAGGUCGGAUCCAUCCUAUGCUGCUGGUGAGGGAAUCCGCGGCCUGAAGUCCGUUGGAAACAGGGACCUCACCUACAAGCUGGCAUUCUUUGGCACCUACAUUGAUGAGGACUCGGAUUGGGCAAGCCGCGGCAGCGAGGAGAAGAGCGAGAACAUUCGAUCUGAAGAAAAGAUGUACCUGUCGCAGGUCGACAAGGAACGUUUUGAGCAGAUCUCUGAGCACGUGAAUGUGAGUGGGAAGCGUGACUGCCUGGACUUGUUGGCUCGCGCAGUGGCCCCAAGCAUCAGCGGCUAUCUGGAAGUGAAGAAGGGCAUCUUGUUGAUGCUGGUUGGUGGUGUGAAGAAAUCGACCAUGGAGGGAAUUCAGCUUCGUGGAGACGUCAACGUUUGCUUGUUGGGCGAUCCUGCAACUGGAAAGAGUGAGAUGUUGCGAUGGGUGUCCAAAUUCCUUCCGCGUGCGGUCUUCACCUCGGGCAAAAGCUCCACUGCCGCAGGUUUGACAGCAUCAGUGGUGAAGGACAAUGACCUGGACAAUGAACGGCUCAUCGAGCCCGGUGCUUUGAUGCUUGCGGACAAUGGUGUUUGCUGCAUUGAUGAGUUCGAGCUCAUGGAUAUCAAGGACAUGGUUGCAAUCCAUGAAGCCAUGGAACAGCAGACCAUCACCUUGUCCAAGGCUGGCAUUCAGGCCACGUUGAACGCCCGCUGUUCCAUUUUGGCAUCGGUUUUGCCGAAGAACACCUACUACCAGGCCACACUCCCCCUGCACAAGAACUGCGAGCUGAGCCCUCCGAUCAUGUCGCGUUUUGACCUCUUCUUCGUGAUGCAGGACAUCCGUGAUGAGACCCAAGACUUGACCGUGGCCAAGCACAUUGUGGCGUCGCAUCGUCGCAAGGAUGAUGAAGUAGCUCCACCUGUGUCGCAUUUGGAUCUGCAGAGGUACAUCCGCCUUGCUCGGACCUUCAAGCCAAAGAUCUCGCCAGAGGGAUCUGCACUCUUGGUGAAGUGUUACAAGAAGCUGCGUGAGGACCGGAGCUACACACGUGGUGGAGCCGGAGUGACGGUUCGUCAGCUUGAGAGCCUCAUCAGGCUUUCAGAAGCAAUCGCCCGCGUGUACCUGAGUGAGUGGGUGAGGCCGGAGCAUGUGAAGGAGGCCUUCGAACUUCAGAUCUCCUCCCUUCGGCAAUCAGAGCGUGAGAGCAUCGAUUUGGGUGCUGAAGACCUGGCGCCCACUAAGCGUGGCCGCGAGGACGAGGAGGAAGCGGAGAGAAAGGCAGUGAAGCGCGUUCGCAUUACACACCCUGAAUAUAUGCGAAUGGGUCAGAUGCUUCUGAGACACCUCGUGGACCAAGCGGCUGCAGGGCAGGUGGUGACUGAGGGUGAUCUUAUCACCUGGUACAUGGAACAAGUUGAGCCAGAGCUAGUCACUGAGGAGCAGCUCUUCCAACGGCAGCAUUUGGUGCAGCUGGUGGUGAGCCGAAUGAUCGACAAGGAUCGAGUGAUCUUGGUGACGGAGCCGGCCAAGGAUCCCUUGCAGCCUGAAGGCCGUGUGCUGGAGAAGCAUCCCAAUGUGCCUGUGGACAGCCUGGAUAGAAUAUAG